ACUACGCAGUUUCGGAGAGGGAAAAGUCACACCUCCGGUAUGACCUGGCAUAAAAAGAGUAGUAAAGAAGAUUGCUAAAAAUCCGAUAAAUUCCAUCGCUAAUCGGUGGAGGUGUUUUUGUAAACCUGUGCAUAACGUCCCCCGUUUGAAACCCCCGUCUAAAUUAGGGGAGAGGGGGGGGAUUUUGGGGGUGGUUAAUUGCUUCGGAAUUGUGGUUGUCGAUGCUAAAAACAAAAGGUGCUAACGCCCGCGCUAGCUGCUUGGCGACGGGUGUAUCCAUGCGCGACUGUGCCGCACUGAGGCCUCCGCGUUUCGAGAUUAACGUAAAAUGGAAAUAAUUUCGUGUGUUUCUCUACUCGUGGCCGCCGUGCACAGGCCCGCCCCGGCGUGUGCUGCCACCAAGGCGGGGAAGACAACCAGCGCCGACACGCUCAUCCCGUGCCGAGCGUGCGGACAUGAACUGGCCUCCAGCGCGGACACCAUCGCUACAAUGCACAGCCGCAUGACGUUGUCCGGCCGCAACGAUACACUGCCGGGGGGCCGGCGGGUGGACGUCCAGAUGUUCGAACACCCGCACGGCCUCCAGUUUGAGGUGGUCACCUUCCGCAGGGCGGACGUGGACAAACGGUGGCCGGCGGAGCUUUCCUAGUUCCCCGGGUUCCCGUGGACACCGGUGGCCCCAUACCCGCGGUGUAGAACGCACUUAAGUUGGGCCUUCCAACCGAGCUCAGGGCUUGCCACCAUUACGCCGUCCUCGUUCGGGUCUUCAGACCAGACCUUCUUGGCUCUCAUCGGAGACCGCCUGCUGAGAAAAGACUAUGCCUCCAGCCUGCUCGUCACCCCCAAAUCCUUCAUCAGCUGACCUACCGUGUUUGAACACUCCCACAGACACGUGUAUAUACACAUUAACAUUUUAUUAUUGAAACAAAAAGUUUACACCUCAAACAGUUUUCCCCACCGCCUAGCGGAAUAAGGAAAGUUAAGCCAGGAUGU